AUGGGCGGCGUCUCUCGCCCCGCCGGUGCCGGUGCCGGUGCCGGUGCGGGUGCCGCAGCCCCCGGGGUCGGAAGGCGCUCGCGGUCGGUGGCUGCCGCCCCGCGGUCCGGGGCGAAGCGGGGCGGCGGGGCCCAGGCUGAACCCGCCCCUCCGCCCGGCGCCGGCGUGGGGCUCGGCCCAGAGGGCGGGGGCGGGAAAGGCCGCGGGGUCCGCGCCCCCAGCCCCUCCCCUUUCCCCGCCCGGCGCGAACCCGGAGCCGCCUCGGCCCCCGCGCCUUCAUCCCCGCCCAGACGGACGCGGCCCGCGGAGGGCGUGUUGACACCGACUCCACAGGUCGCUGCUGUGCACAGUGUGGGUGCUGCGCGGACUGUGGGUGCUGUGCACAGUGUGGGUGCUGUGCACAGUGUGGGUGCUGUGCGGACUGUGGGUGCUGCGCGGACUGUGGGUGCUGUGCACAGUGUGGGUGCUGCGCGGACUGUGGGUGCUGCGCGGACUGUGGGUGCUGUGCGGACUGUGGGUGCUGUGCACAGUGUGGGUGCUGUGCACAGUGUGGGUGCUGUGCCCAGUGUGGGUGCUGUGCCGACUGUGGGUGCUGUGCGGACUGUGGGUGCUGUGCGGACUGUGGGUGCUGUGCACAGUGUGGGUGCUGCGCGGACUGUGGGUGCUGCGCGGACUGUGGGUGCUGUGCACAGUGUGGGUGCUGUGCGGACUGUGGGUGCUGUGCGGACUGUGGGUGCUGUGCACAGUGUGGGUGCUGUGCCGACUGUGGGUGCUGCGCGGACUGUGGGUGCUGUGCCGACUGUGGGUGCUGCGCCGACUGUGGGUGCUGUGCACAGUGUGGGUGCUGUGCGGACUGUGGGUGCUGUGCAGACUGUGGGUGCUGUGCACAGUGUGGGUGCUGUGCGGACUGUGGGUGCUGUGCACAGUGUGGGUGCUGUGCGGACUGUGGGUGCUGUGCACAGUGUGGGUGCUGUGCGGACUGUGGGUGCUGUGCAGACUGUGGGUGCUGUGCACAGUGUGGGUGCUGUGCAGACUGUGGGUGCUGUGCACAGUGUGGGUGCUGUGCGGACUGUGGGUGCUGUUCAGACUGUGGGUGCUGUGCACAGUGUGGGUGCUGUGCCGACUGUGGGUGCUGCGCGGACUGUGGGUGCUGUGCCGACUGUGGGUGCUGCGCCGACUGUGGGUGCUGUGCACAGUGUGGGUGCUGUGCGGACUGUGGGUGCUGUGCAGACUGUGGGUGCUGUGCACAGUGUGGGUGCUGUGCGGACUGUGGGUGCUGUGCAGACUGUGGGUGCUGUGCACAGUGUGGGUGCUGUGCAGACUGUGGGUGCUGUGCACAGUGUGGGUGCUGUGCAGACUGUGGGUGCUGUGCACAGUGUGGGUGCUGUGCAGACUGUGGGUGCUGUGCACAGUGUGGGUGCUGUGCAGACUGUGGGUGCUGUGCACAGUGUGGGUGCUGUGCGGACUGUGGGUGCUGUUCAGACUGUGGGUGCUGUGCACAGUGUGGGUGCUGUGCGGACUGUGGGUGCUGUGCAGACUGUGGGGUGCGGUGCCGACUGUGGGUGCUGUGCAGACUGUUACUUCAGCCCUUUUGUACAGCUGUUCACUUCAGACAUUUGGGUGGAAAAUGCAGUGUGGUCAGGAUACCGCCACUUGCUAAUAGCACUUAUCUCAUUCAACAUAAUGUCCCCAAGUUUCAUCCGAGAUGACAUACAGGAGACAACACCAUCAUUUUUAAUAGCUGAGAACUUCUCAAAACUGAUACCCUUCUAUGCAUUUGUCCCACAGGCAGCCUUUAGAGCCUUGAAGCUGACUCUGCAGUUGAUAGCUCCUCUCCAUGAUAUCGUGGCCUACCUUUUUAGUUUUGCCAAACUUGGAAGUUGUCCAGCGUGUUUUGAACAUCCUCUGAGUCCUAAACCUUUGAGAAGUGACUGGGGAGGAACCGAGAGCAUCGGGGCUGAGCUUCAAGAGCUGCAGAAAAUGAUUGACAACCUCCAGAGCCCCCAAGACCCUACUCAGGUGGUGCAGGCCCUUCUCCUUCGCAGGGAGGUGAUGUUCCUGCAGUUUGAUGCAGCAGUGAGACACCUGAUCCGAAGAAGAUUUUUAGAGGCCGGAAAUGUCGCUGCCUACCAGUCGGUCACGGAUGGCAUGCACCACGGGCUGCCACCACUGAGCAGCUCCCUCACAAAGAGCCUGUUUGCCACCCAGCUCUGCCUGCCCCCACCGCUGGAUCCACAGAGCCUCCAGGCAUUGGAGCUGUUCCCUUGGAGAACAUUCCUGGAAGGUGGAGGGCUGUUUCCGGUCCUGAGUGGCAGACCAGAUACCCUAGAAUAUAAUAUGCAGCUCUGCCUCUGUGGGCUGAGUGACCGUGACCUCAGGGUGGCACACGGAGAGCUGGUGGGUGUGCAGCUGUUGAUGGACGACGCCCUCCUGAGCAGCUGCCAUCUGCUCACAGACAGCCCCCUGGGACUGCAGGAGGCACUGGAGGAAAACACGCAGCCAGAUGUGCCCAGAGCACCACUAUGCAGAAGUCAGUUCUCCAGCAACUCAAAGGCCUCAGGGCAACCUGGACCCCCGUGCCACACGGUGCUGCGUCUCGCUUUGCUGAAGUCCUUUCUGGUUCUGUGGAAGCAGCUGGAAAUGCUGAAGGAGCACUGGGGCCGCCUCAAGUUGCGAGGGCAAGACGUACACCCGGUCUCUCUCCACAAACAGUUCUCGGAGCUCUAUGGGACUGACAUUCUUUACCCCAGCAUGAAAGCUCUGGCCAGAAAGAUGGGAAAAGAAGAUGAAUUUGAAGAACUGAUGACAAGUAGUCAGUCUGUCCUUCCCCCCAGAGGAGCUUCAGAAAUUGAAAUAAAAACUCAACAGCUUCAGAAACUUCUGGAAAAUCUUGAAAUCCAUAUGAUCCAGGAAGUAUUAAGAAAAAUUAACAGGGAGAUAACGCUGGUCAUCUCAGAAAAGUCUAAGGAGGACAGUACUGUCCCUACAGACCUUUGGAAACAUCAGAUCAUGAAGGAAAACUUUUCAGUUGUAAGACCACCAAUAGUUGAAAAUUUUGUACAGAAGUUAAUGGAGAAUUGCCAGGAUGGUGGACUAGAGAUCACUUUCAGAAAAGAACACCUGGAGGCCUGCCUCCUCUCCCUGGGUUGUGACGUGAUGGCAAGAGAACGCAGCAACUUUGAGACCUACUCCAUGUGUUACGAGCACGUGUUGGAGCAUGUGAGGCAGAAGCUCUGCCAGAAGGAGCGGGAAGUAGAUUUUAUCCGAAAAGGCCAGAGUUCCUCUGAAAAUGAGGCUAGUCAGGUUGCUGACCUCAGUCACCACAUCAUCAUGGAGAUCACUGCUCUGAGAGCCCAGCUCACAGAUUUAGAAGAGGAGAAUCUGAAUCUCAAAAAAGAGAUUAGAAAAGAGGUUCAAGAAGAAUAUGAAGAAUUAGUCCGCGCCUUGUUCACGGCCUGUUUACACAUAAAAGAGCAGCUGGAACAGAAUCAGUUGAAUUUGAUCCAGAAAGUGUGUGAGCUCAUUGGUGAAGUGAGAACAGAAGGAAUUGCCAAUCUACAGGACCUCAAAAAAAAGUGGGGCUCUGCCAGACCCGGUGAAGAAGUGAAAGAAGACCCAGCCUUUGAGCAGCUGCGGGUCUUGGAGCGGGACAAUGGCAUCCUGGCUGCACGUGUGAACAAAGCCCGGAGUCUGGGCCGCUGGAGGCUGGUGGCGCAACAGGCGUGCUUCCAGGGCCAGCUGAACCGGGCUGAGAAGGAACUCGUUCGAAGUCGCAAAGAGUGUGUGAACAGAAAGCUAAUGGCAGAGCAGGAGGCGGCUCUAUUCCGUCAGCAGCUUGUGGCUCUCAGGCAGGCCCUGGCCAGGGCCCAGGUGGAAAACGGGAGGCUCCGCGACCAGCAGGAGGCCCAGGCUCUGUUGCUGAAACAAUUAGAACACAGAGUGACCCACGAAGCACUCCACUGGCAGCAGCUGGAUUUCAUGAAAACCUCUAGCAUGGAAAAGCUCUUGGAAGACGUGGAGGAAAAAGAACAACACCUGCGGCUCCUCACAGAAGAGGCCCAGAGGGCUUCCAGACUGGGCCGGCUGCAGCAGAAGAAGGCCCAGAGACAACUCCAGCAGAUGAGAAGCCAGCUUGCCCGGGAGCGCAGCGUGAAGCAGCAUGCAUUUCAGCGUGUGGAAGAGCUCCAGAGUCAGCUUCAGGACGCUGAGCAAUCCCCCCUACAGAGGAGCCCAGCCAGCGGCCUUCAUUCACGGGCUCACUACUCCCUAAGCUCUGCUUCCCUAUCAUCCAGACACUCCCAGCAACAUCUUUUAAAGACUAACUUGAUGGGCAGUAAAAUAACAAGGAUUCCAAGGCCAAAAACUGUUCCUAUUAAACACCAUCAAAGGACUGAUGUUUCCCUACCCAACGUAGCAGGAACUAUUCAAAGCUCAGCUUUUCAAAUUCAAACGGCUCCAUCCAGAAUCCCAUUCAGAUUUGAUUGCUAAUGAUAUCCUUCUCCCAACUUUCAUUUCUAUGAAUAAAGAUGAAACUUCAAAAA